CCCUGUUCCAAUACGACAGACUUCCGUACCGAACAGUGUGCCGAAUUCAAUACAGUGCCAUUCGAGGGUGUAUUUUACGACUGGAUUCCGUACACCGGUGGACCAAACAAGUGUGAGCUCAAUUGUAUGCCAAGGGGUGAGCGCUUCUUUUAUAGACAUAAACUCACUGUGAUCGAUGGUACACCCUGUGAUGCUGAAAAAAAUGAUGUUUGUGUUGAGGGAAAAUGCUUGCCAGUGGGAUGUGACAUGAUGUUAGGAAGUGACGCUCGCGAGGACGCCUGCAGAGAAUGUGGUGGUGACGGUUCCGACUGCAACACCGUAAGCGGUCUGUUCGACACAGAUGACCUACAAGUCGGCUACGUCGACAUUCUCUUGAUUCCCGAGGGUGCUACAAAUAUCGUUGUGAAGGAAAUAUCACCCUCAAAUAACUACCUUGCUAUUCGAAACACGUCCGGUCAUUACUAUCUUAAUGGCAAUUGGAGAAUUGAUUUUCCAAGGAGUUUGAGAUUCGCAGGAACUAUAUUCCAUUAUGCUAGAGAUCCACAGGGUUUCUCAGCGCCGGACACUAUCACUACCCAGGGACCCACAACAGAGGCAAUUUAUAUAGUCCUUCUCUACCAAGACCAUAAUGUCGGGGUACAAUAUGAAUACAGUAUUCCGAAGAAAUUUUCACCUCAAGGGGAUCCAGAUAGUUAUACGUGGACUGCUGAUGAAUUUUCCGAGUGCAGUACUAGUUGUGGCGGCGGCUAUCAAUCAAGACUUGUCAACUGUGUGCGUCGGCGGGACAAUGAGCCAGUAGAUGACAAUCUCUGUGAUCCCCAAUUGGAGCCCGUUGACACCCAAUCCUGUAAUGAGCUACCUUGUCCACCCGAGUGGAUCUCAAGCGAAUGGGGACCCUGUAGUAAACAGUGUGGCGAGGGUGGUGAGCGUCACCGAGAAAUCAGAUGCCAGCAGAUUGUGGUCGGUGGUAUUCCAGCAAUCAUCGACGAUUCCACUUGUAUGGAGAAAGUUGGUGCAAAGGGUGAGACCAGCCAGUCAUGUAACAGCAAUAUCACAUGUCCCCAAUGGCAUUUGGGUCCAUGGAAGCCAUGUGAUCAUUUGUGUGGACAAGGUAAGCAAACGCGCAAGGUGAUUUGUUACAACAAGAAUGAAGCCGGAAAAAUCCAAGUUCUGGAGGAUGCAGAGUGCGAGGGAGAGAUACCGGAGAAAGAGAUGCCUUGUGAAUUACGUCCCUGUGCUGGACUUGAUUGGGUUAGCUCUCAGUGGAGUGGUUGCGAUGAUAAAUGCGGUCUAACGCAGGAAACGCGUACAGCACAUUGUGCAACUCAAGAUGGAACCGUCUAUCCCGACGACAAAUGUGAUUCCGAAAAGAAACCCCAAUUGACACGUGAAUGCGAGCAUUCAAAAGGUUGUGACUAUCAGUGGUACGCGACUCAGUGGAGCGAGUGCUCAGCGAAAUGUGGUGCAGGCGUUCAAACACGAAAGGUUUUCUGUGCAACAUUUGAGGACGAUGUGACACUGAAGAAAGUGGAAGAGGAAAAAUGCGUGAUAGAGGAUCGUUACAAUGACAUUAAAGAAUGCACAGGAAAGGUGACAACGGAAUGUAAGGGUGAGUGGUAUGCUGGACCAUGGAGUGAGUGUACAAAACCUUGUGGCGUUGGGGAUCAUACACGUAAGGUGAUCUGCAUGAAAGAUAACACCUUAGUGGCAGUAUCCAACUGUGAUCCUGAUUCGAUAAUGUUUAGUAGUGAAGAGUGUAAUAAGCAACCUUGUGAUGAGGACGAAGUAAUCCCUGUGGAAGUUAACAAACCGACACCACCUACUGAUGAAGAGGACGACUGUUUGGUUUAUGAGGACGAAGAGUUUGUAACGUCUUCAGUAAAUCUGGGAGAACUGACACCGUCUUUGUCAGACGUUUCUCACGACGAGACAGAUAUUACUGGCUUCACUGACCUCAUGAUGAGUGAUAGCACUCGAGGAGAUAUCUCACCGACUGACGACGGAAAUGGUUAUAGCAGUGGUUGGGCGGAGAGUGGUGACGGAGAGUUGACAUUUAGUACAAGCUAUUACACUGACCUACCAAUUUCAAGCAAUGAUUUUUCCACUCUAGAAGGAAGUGGAACAACCAUAACUAAUGAUAAGUCCAGUGGACAGAUGACAGACACAGAGAUGGCGGAGACGACCAGUGAAGGGCCGGCUGACAAGUCUUCUGAAUCUAAUGAAAUUCCCGAAAGCACUGAAGGUUCAUCUUCAGCGAUUGAAGGAUCAGCAUCAACUGCUAGUUUGGAUGUGUCUGCAGCUUCAGAGGAAACAACAACAGAGGAGGUAUCAGGAGCAAGUGAAAUUUAUCAGAGUAGUACGGAAUCUUUAGCUACUACUACUACUACUACUACGGAAGCCACCAAUGAACAAACUACUGCAUCAUCUGAAUUUUCAUCUGUUGCCUCUAAAUCCAGCCAAGAUACUACAAUCGAAUCAACCACUGCUUCAGAAAUUUCUGACACUACAACAGGUUCUUUUGAAUCUGAUAAUGAUGAGACAACGGUAUCUUCUUCAACUUUUUCUUCUUCUUCUGCUACACUCUCCACACUUUCUACUGAGACAACAGAAACAGUCACCACUCAACCAACCGAAACUACAUCCUCUUCCGAAACUGAUAUCACUGAGUCUACUGUGUCUGUAGUUACACAAUCAAGCGCUGAAUCUAGUACAGACAUGAGUGCAACUGAAAGUUCAUCGGAGAGUUCUACAAAGUCCACCAAUGAGGAAAUUGAACUGCCAUUUACAAUUGCCAGUGUCAAAGGAGAGUAUGAUCCUGACAAAGCUGAAAAUAGUGAUAAGACUGAGGAGACUGGUGAAACUGAUGAAACUACGGUGUCAUCUUUAGAAAGUACUAGCGAAAUAUCACAAUCAACAUCAAUAUCAUCUACUGAUUCUGAUUUAUCAACUAUCUCCGCGAUAAGUGAAGCAACUACAGAGUCAAUAAUGUCGACAGAAUCUUCCUCAACGAGUGAUUCUUCUCAAACAACCGAAUCGGUAACAGGAACAACAGAGAGUGGAGAAACGACGGUAUCAUCCGAGUUGACCACGGAGUUGUCCACUCAAGGCUCUGACUUUACCACUGAGACUGUGACUGUGACUGUGACUGUGACUGAAAGUGAAACAACAGAAGAAUCUACAACGUCCGGUGAAAUAACAGAAUCAGGAGAAACAACUGUGCCGUCAUCGAGUGACGAGACUACAACGAGUCAAGAAGAGGAAGAAGAAGACGAGACAGAGACAGACCUUACCGAGAAAUCCUCUAUUCUCGAUCUAUUUACAACCAUCAGUCCAGUGGAUGUUGCAAUCUCCAAGGAGCAAAAAAUGCGCAAGUGCAAAAUCCGAAGGAAAAAGAGCUGCAAGACAUCGGCCUUUGGGUGCUGCUACGAUGGCAUUACACCGGCAAAAGGUCCAUUUGGAAAGGGCUGUCCGAACCCGGAAACCUGUAAAGAAACCAAAUACGGCUGCUGUCCAGAUGGCGUCUCAGUUGCUACCGGGCCGAGGAACGAGGCCGAGGAUUGUCCCUCUCAACACUGCAAUGAAACUCUGUUCGGUUGUUGCCAAGAUGGUAUCACUCCGGCUGAAGGCAAUGAUUUUGAGGGGUGCAAGAAAGCCUGCAAUGAAACUGAUUUCGGCUGUUGUCCAGAUAAGGAGACUCUAGCACUCGGAAAGAAUAAGCUCGGUUGUUGCAACGUUACGGAAUAUGGCUGCUGUCCAGACGGAAUCAAAGCGGCUACAGGAGCCAACAAACAAGGCUGCGGCGGUGACGAGGAGCAGCAACAAGUCACUGAAGAGACUAGUCAAUGGACUGACGUCUCAGGAGAGGAGGAGGAGAAGGAGGAGACGUCUACGGUGGCAAUACAACAAGACUGCGUCAUCUCCACCUACGGAUGUUGUCCUGAUGGUCAGACAACAGCUACAGGUGUUAAUUUUGAGGGAUGUGGAAUUAUCAACACUGAUAACUGUACAGCAUCUUACUUCGGCUGUUGCCCGGAUAACGUGACAGUAGCGCUUGGCGAUAAUGAGGAAGGAUGUUAUGCAACUUGUCAGGCCUCUCCUUACGGUUGUUGUCCAGACAAUACCACCCCAGCUCAUGGGCCCAACGCAGAAGGUUGCUGUCUCACAUCGGAGUAUGGCUGUUGCCCAGACAACAUUCUCCCAGCUCGAGGAGCUAAUCUCUACGGGUGUGGCUGCGAGUACAGCAAGUUCGGUUGUUGUCCCGACUAUAAAACACCUGCUAGAGGAGCCAACAAUGAAGGAUGUGGCUGCCAAUACACCCAAUAUGGCUGCUGUCCCAAUAAUUUCACCCCUGCCACUGGAGCUAAUUACGAGGGUUGUCCCUGCUAUACUUAUCAAUUUGGCUGUUGUCCAGAUGGUGUCACCAUUGCCAAUGGACCCCACAGUCAAGGCUGCGGAUGUGAAAACACCGAGUUCAAAUGUUGCUCAGACGAGCGAACACCUGCCAAAGGACUCAACUUUGCCGGCUGCACGUGUGAUGCUUCUAAAUUCGGAUGCUGUCCCGAUGGUAUCGACGAGGCUCAGGGUGACAAUUUUGAAGGCUGCACAACUGCCCUACCUGCCGCACCUGGUGCUGCCUGCGCUCUCUACAGAGACAAGGGCCCCUGCAGGGACUUUACAGUUAAAUGGUUCUUCGAUACCAAAUACGGUGGAUGUUCGAGGUUUUGGUAUGGAGGAUGCCAAGGUAAUGACAAUCUUUUUGCCAGCCAGGAGGAGUGUAAGGAUGUCUGUGUCAGCCCCAAGGGUAAGGACAUCUGCACUCUGCCAAAGAGCUCUGGACCGUGUCAAGGAUAUAAUCCCGUGUGGUACUAUGAUGCUGAAAGAAAACAGUGUGGACAGUUUAUCUACGGAGGGUGUCUCGGAAACGCCAAUAAAUUCAAGACCAGGGAAGAGUGCGAGUCUCUCUGCGUUGUUCGUGAUGAUGCUGAUCCUUGCCAAUUGGAGCAAGAAAUUGGACCAUGUCGAGGGAAUUUUACCAGGUGGUAUUUCAAUAAGGAAUCACAAGCAUGUGAGCAGUUCCAGUAUGGUGGCUGCAAGCCAAAUAACAACAAUUUUCCCACGCAGAGUGCUUGUCAACAACAAUGUCUCCAACCUGGUCGCAGUCGAGUAACUCAAGACGAAUGUGCACUCGACAAAGAUCCUGGGCCAUGUCCUGGUUCACUUCUGCGCUGGUAUUACGAUACUAGUAGCAGUUCAUGUAGGCAAUUUGUUUACGGGGGUUGCAAAGGCAAUGGCAAUAAAUUCCGUACGCGCGCAGACUGCGAGGAGCGUUGCCUGAUGAUGUCAGAUUCGUGCUUGUUACCACGAGCCGAGGGUAACUGCAGAGAGAAACUAUCGAGAUGGUUCUUUGAUCAAUCGGAGAACAGAUGCAUGCCAUUCUAUUACACGGGAUGCAGUGGCAAUAGAAAUAACUUUGAGUCUAGAGACGCAUGUGAGAAAGAUUGUCCACCAAAGAUUGAACAAGACAUUUGUCAACUUCCUGCGCUACUUGGUGAGUGUCACAAUUAUACUCUACGCUGGUACUUUGAUUCGCGCGACAAGCAGUGCAGAAAGUUCUAUUACGGCGGCUGUGAUGGCAAUGAGAAUAAUUUCGUUAAUGAGGAUGAUUGCAUAAAUCGCUGUGUAUCAGCCAGUGCCACCCCACCUCCCCAUCCUCGGGAGUUUUCACCGGCCAUGUGCUUCCUCCCUGAUGAACGAGGUCCCUGCAGUAAUAACCAAACAAAAUGGUUCUACGACAGUAGAGAUGGAAUUUGUAAACAAUUUGUCUACGGUGGAUGUGCAAGCAAUGGAAAUAAAUUUGAGUCGAGAGAGGAGUGCGAGUAUCGUUGCGGAGACGUGCAAGAUGUCUGUAGUAUGCACAAAGUCGUCGGCCCCUGCAGUGGUUCAGUCAUCCAAUACUACUACGAAAGGAACACUGACACUUGCGAAGAAUUUGAAUACGGUGGCUGUGAGGGCAACAGGAAUCGUUUUCAAGACCGUGCCAGUUGCGAGAGCAAGUGUCAACGAAGACCUAAACAUCAAAGGCCGACAGAGAUGCCUGUGCCUGCAACCGUGGAGGUUGUUCCUAGCAGUCCAAUUUGCAUGGCUCCCGCAGACGCUGGUCCUUGUCAUGGCGACAUCACUACUUACUAUUAUGAUGCUCAGUCGAAAACAUGUCAGGCAUUCAUCUAUGGUGGGUGCGGAGGCAAUGCCAAUAGAUUCCAAACGGAGGAGCAGUGUGAACGUCUUUGUGGACGAUUCCAUGGUCAAGAUAUGUGCAACCAAUCGGUUGAUGCUGGUCCUUGUCGUGGCUUCUUCCCCAAAUUCUACUAUGAUCCAAGUGCACGUGCGUGUCGUCAAUUCUUUUACGGAGGCUGUGAUGGUAAUGCCAACAGAUUCAGCACACAACCAGAGUGCGAAUCGGUUUGUAUUCAUCGCGAAGAGCCUACUCCUGCCGGAAAUGACACUGCCCUCUCUCAUCUUGAAAUCUGUCGAGAACAAGUGGAUGUGGGCUCUUGCCCAAGUGGCAGUUACAAGCGUUUCUACUUUGACGAGGAACGUCAAACUUGCAUGGCAUUCAUUUACACUGGUUGUGGUGGUAACCGUAAUAGGUUUAAGAGCUUCGAGUCGUGUAUGCACAUGUGUUACAGAACGAGCAAUGAAAUAGACGUAGGCAAUAAGAAUCAAUCAAAGGAGCCGUGCAUGGAAGCCAAAGAAGAGUGUGCCCAAAUGCGUUGUCCCUAUGGAAAAGAAGAGUUUGUCGACGAUCAAGAUUGCGGAAGAUGCAGAUGCGUCGAUCCGUGCAGCGAAAUCGUUAGCUGUCCAGGUGGCACAAGGUGCUCAAUAAUACUGGCAGCCUCGCCAGAAGGUGGUACCGAGUACAGAGGCGAGUGUCGAUCAGUGACAAAAUUGGGAAGCUGUCCAGUGGUCUCAAACAGCACUAGGUGUGAGCAAGAGUGUCGUGACGAUGCAGACUGCCCUGACGAGAGAAAGUGUUGCAACAAUGGCUGUGGAAGCUCGUGCUUGGAACAACCACCUCAGGAACCACAGCCUGAACCAACGCCUGCUUCUUAUGUUACCAUUCCUCCAUAUGGCGGUGAACCAGCAGCUAUUCAACAACCAAAAGAGCCACAAGUUUCUGGUGAAGAAGGAGGUAUGGUCAUCAUGACAUGUAUUGCUACUGGAAGUCCUAAACCCAUUAUUACUUGGAAGAAGGACUCACAAAUUAUUCAAGCAGCUGAAGAGAGAAAAAUCAUUCUUCCUGAUGGUUCUCUCCGAAUUACCAAUCUUUAUACCACAGAUAGUGGUGUCUACAUUUGCAUCGCUGAUAAUGGACUUGCACCACCAGCAAGAACCGAGUACAGAUUAGACAUUACGGAACCCCACGAGCACUCGACAGCAAUAGUUGGCCAACAGAAUACCUACGUAACAGUGGCAAUCAAUUCCCCAACGACUUUGUACUGUUACGCAAUGGGCUGGCCAAGGCCCGCUGUCACCUGGUGGCAUGGAGAUAGAAUGCUACCACUACACUCUGAGAAUUAUGAACAAAAUCCCGAGUAUUCACUCCUCAUUCGAUCCGUUACUAUCACCAAUCUUGGGGUUUACACGUGUCAGGCAUUCAAUGGCAUUGAACGUCCAGCUUCUUGGUCUGUGACAUUGCAGGCCCUUGGGCCAGUUUACAAUGUCAAGCCUGAGCAUAUGGAAUAUGUCAAGUAUUUGGUUCAACCACCGAGAGCACCUCCUACUGAUCGUCCGCAAUAUCCUUACAGACCUGCCAGGACUCAAGCUCCUGAUUACAAUCUCACUUAUGCACCGAUUUAUCAAAAUGCCAAACCACCUCCUUAUGUUCCACUUCCUGCCAAUCCUCUUACUGCAUCAUCACCACCAUCUGCUAGAUUCAAAGUACCAGUUAUUGUUAACGUAUCAGCAUCGGGGAGUGAAUUCCCGGUGGGAAGUGAAAUCAGCAUUGGUUGUGCUGUCGAUGGAUAUCCAAUCCCACGAGUUCUAUGGUUUAAGAACGAUGAUUUGAUUCGAACUGAUGGACGAGUUACCAUUUCUGAGGCAAAUAGACUUACCAUUACCAACGCUGGUUAUAAUGAUACAGGACGGUAUCGUUGUGAAGCUGCCAAUGAGUAUUCAAGUGAUUCUGCUGAAUUUGAUAUUAAUGUAUCAGGAAUCUACAUUCAUCCAGAUUGUCGGGACAACAGUUUCUUUGCAAAAUGUGAUCUGAUUGUAAAAGCCAAAUACUGUCAACACCAGUACUACGCCGUAUUCUGCUGUAGAUCCUGCACCGAAGCUGGUCAACUCCCACCAACAGGUCCACACUUAUCCAAACUAACCAGAAGAAGAAGAAGAAGAAGAUCAACUAAACGUUUCUUCUAACUCCCCAACACGAGUACUACUCCGUUCGCGGUAAAUGGAAGGCCCAAUCACCAAUCGAUGAUUUUCACAGAAAAAUAUUUUUUUUCAAUGGAAGAGAACCCGAACGCAAUGGAGCAAUCUCGUUCACUGCCAAAGCCUUAGAACGUUUAUCCAUAAAUACAUCUAAAGUACGGAAUCAAGUACAUUUUUUUUUUCUCAAUAUUCUUAUCCGUGGGUGAUGACUUUUGCACUGGACAGCAUCGAGAACGUAUCGAUGUAUAUCCUCACCAACAACCAACUCUGUUUUAAAGGCGAAAUGAUUUUUACAAUUUUUCAAAUUUUCUUCAUGCUACAUAACUCAUAACUUUGGUUCGCGGUAAAUUUGUUUUUCAUUAGCAAUUUGAGUUUCUUUGUUCUUAGGAUUGUUUGCUCUAUUUUCCAGUGAAAUACGCCACAAAGUAAUGUUAAAUAUUUGCCGAAAGAUACUUGUACGUACUUUUAAACACGUUAUAUUGUAUAUGAAUAUAGUUUAUCUUGUACGUUAUAAAAUCUUGAUAUUCUCCUAGCUGGAAUUAUUUUGUCAUAUUUUUUUUUUACUGCAUUAAAGCCUCUAAAGAGGAGGAACUUAUUUUUUUUUUAAUUAUAUUCUAUUAUUGUCGAAAAGCCACUCGACUUUCAGUUCUUUUCAAAUCAAAAUAUCAUCAUGUACAGAUUUAUUUAAAAACGAAUAUAAUAGAUAAAGCAUUUAUUAUCUUUAUAAAUUCCAUGCAAAUGCAUUUAUAAUUAUCCAUAAGUGUAAUACAACAAUUUCAACAUUCAGGAGAAUGAGAAUUAAAAAAAUUUAGAAUAAAGUGUAGUUAUUUAGACAGUACCAAAAGCAUUUAUUAAUGUUAAGUAAUUCUACAAUAAUAUAAAUUCAUAUCUUGUAAAUCGACAGAAUGAUAAUGGAUAAUUGUUGGAGGGCCAUCAAUCACUCUUUUUUUUGCCAGAAGAUUGAUUUCCCUGCUGGGGGAAAAAUUGUUGUCCUCUUGAUCAUUAAUCCCCAAACUUUCAUUAAAAGUUAUCAAAUAAACCCAGAGUGCCUUAAAAUCUAUGAAUAUCCUCAUUGAGACAACAGUGUUACUAUCAUUAUCAUUGUAAAAAAUCAAAAUCAGCAUUUAUUAGUAGCUAAACAAGUCUACUUUGUACAUUAGAUUCUCUAAUAAUUCUUUCUAGUUAAUUUUUUUUUCUUCAAUUUUCAUACACUUGGGAACAUACCUCGCAUAUUUCAAAGUACAUUUGUUUGAAAAUACUCAUAUUGAUUGAUAAAAUACGUGUGAUUCGGUGAAUUGUUGGAUGAGUGAUUAAAAUACUCAUGAAAUUACCAUAGAAGAGAUUAAAUAGAAGUAACAAGUUGUCUAUUUCUCAUUAAUAUCUCUCAUACUUAUCAAUUCCAAAUGAAUAUCAUAGUAGACUUACCGCGAACCUAUUACUGUUAAUUGUGAGUAUUUUAGGUAAUUAAUAUAUUAUUAUGAUUAAUAUGUAUGUAAUGUUGCAACAUUUAAAACAAACUGAAAUGACGUUAUGCGAACAUAUUGUAUGGACAAUAAUAAUAUUUAAGGUCCUCAGAAUAAAAUAGGAUAUAUAAUGAUGAGUAAAUACUUAUUAUACAUAUUAAAAUGUAAAACAAUUCGAACGAUCUGUAUCGUGUGAAUGUUAAAAUUAUUGCUCUCAUUAUGCAAGUAUUCAGUUUUAUUUACAGAAUGAUGAAACAAAAUGUGUCAAAUAAAUUUUUUUUUUCUU